CGCGCCCCCUGGGGCAGCCGGGCGGGGUGAUGCCCUCGGUGAUGGAGAAGCCGAGCGCGGGCUCCGGCAUCCUGUCCCGCAGCCGGGCCAAGACGGCGCCCAGCGGCGGACAGCCGCACUCGGAGGAUGACAGCAGCGAGGAGGAGCACUCGCACGACAGCAUGAUCCGCGUCGGAACCAAUUACCAGGCCGUCAUUCCGGAGUGCAAGCCCGAAAGCCCGGCUCGCUAUAGCAACAAGGAGCUGAAGGGGAUGCUCGUGUGGUCGCCCAACCACUGUGUGUCAGACGCCAAGCUCGACAAGUACAUUGCCAUGGCCAAGGAGAAGCACGGGUACAACAUCGAGCAGGCUCUGGGCAUGCUGCUGUGGCACAAGCACGAUGUGGAGAAGUCGCUGGCCGACCUGGCCAACUUCACCCCAUUCCCCGACGAGUGGACAGUGGAGGACAAGGUGCUGUUUGAGCAGGCUUUUGGCUUCCACGGCAAAUGCUUCCAGCGGAUCCAGCAGAUGCUGCCCGACAAGCUGAUUCCCAGCCUGGUGAAAUAUUACUACUCCUGGAAGAAGACUCGCAGCCGAACCAGCGUGAUGGACAGGCAGGCGCGGCGGCUGGGGGGCCGCAAGGACAAGGAAGACAGCAGCGAUGAGCUUGAGGAUGGACGAGGAGCCGUGAGUGAGGGAGAGCCCGACGCUGGCGACCCCAAGAGAGAGCCUGUGCCCUCUCGGCCCCUAAAUGCCCGCCCGGGGCCCGGGAAGAAGGAGGUACAGGUGUCUCAGUACCGCCACCACCCUCUGCGCACUCGGCGGCGCCCACCCAAGGGCAUGUACCUGAGCCCUGAGGGCCUCACGGCCGUGUCGGGAAGUCCAGACCUGGCCAGCCUCACGCUCCGAGGGCUCGACUCGCAGCUCAUCUCCCUCAAGCGCCAGGUGCAGAGCAUGAAGCAGACCAACAGCAGCCUGCGCCAAGCCCUGGAGGGCGGCAUCGACCCGCUCCGCCCCCCGGAGGCCAACACCAAGUUCAACUCCCGCUGGACCACAGAUGAGCAGCUUUUGGCUGUGCAAGCCAUCCGGAGGUACGGCCGGGACUUCGGCGCUGUGGCGGAGGUGAUUGGCAACAAGACGCUGACACAGGUGAAGACCUUCUUCGUGAGCUACCGGCGUCGCUUCAACCUGGAGGAGGUGCUGCAGGAAUGGGAGGCUGAGCAGGACGGGGCUCCCGGAGGGCCAGGCCCUGUGGAGGAGGCCAGGAGAGGGGCCCCGGCCCCCGCCCCAGCCCCGGCCCCGGCCUCGGCUCCGGCCCCGGCUCCGGCCCCGGCUCCAGAGGAAGAUGAUGAGGUCCAGAUCACGUCUGUGUCGACCUCUGUGCCCCGCUCCGUGCCCCCGGCACCACCCCCACCGCCACCGCCCACCUCGCUGUCGCAGCCGCCCCCGCUGCUGAGGCCGCCUCUGCCCACGGCUCCCACCCUGCUGCGCCAGCCCCCUCCACUACAGCAGGGCCGCUUCCUCCAGCCCCGGCUGGCCCCCAACCAGCCCCCGCCACCGCUCAUCCGCCCUGCACUGGCUGCCUCCCGCCACAGUGCCCGGCCUGGCUCUCAGCCUCCCCCUGCCCUGAUCGGAGCCCCUCUGGAACCUCCAGCACCCUCACUCUGAGCCAUGGGGGUCUCCCGCCAGCCAGAGGCUCCAGAACCCCUCUGCUGGACGUCCCUGGGCAUCUCUGAGGACAGACAGAAAGGACCAGGGCUCUUGCCAGGCCUUUCAGAGACCCAGAGCUGGGGUUGGCACAGCCUGGACCUAUGGGUUCUGCCUGUGUUCCUGGCAGCCGAGCCUGACUGCUUCCUGGCUGGGGCUGGAGUCCCGGCCGCCGCCUGGCCUGCAGGGGCUUGGCCUUUGUGCUCAGGGGCCAGUGACCUUAGUGUGUGGGAGAGAACAGCUUGGGGCAUGGCUGUUCUCAUUCCCGUCCCUUCUUUAGCAAUAAGUCUGGGGUGAGGCGGGAGGGC